AGUUAUGAAGAGGCAGGCAGGGGGUGUGUGUGUAGCGAUAACUCUCUUCUCCGAUAGAUAAAUUUAAAGAACAGUAACCACACCAGUCAGUGUCCUAUUGAAACGAGUCAUUAUUUGUAGUUGCCAGUGAGUGCGAUAAUCCACACGUCUCGUAAUUUAAAUUUAUUGUAGAGUGAUUUAAGUGGUGUUAGGUGAUGUGACGCGCCUAAAUCGCUUUGGAGCCCUACCGAAACCUCCCGGACCGCUUGCUGCCUUCCGACUCCGUAAAUUCUCCUGCAACUACCUAGUUAUGGUGUGGCCGCGGUGAGGGCGCGCGAUGGGUGCGGUGCGGCGCUCCACAGUCGCCGCGCUCGCCGCCCUCGCCGCGCUCCUGUUGCUGCUGCUCGCGAGACUGCCGCCUCCUGCACGCCCCCAUUCCCCGCCCCCUGCUUCUGCCAACCGACAAGUCCCCCUAUCAGCGGUACACACUUCCCCAACACCAAUCACGAACCGAACUACUCCCGCCCGUAUUACCACCACUCGUCGACCAUCGUCUUCGCCCCCGCAGCCGAAACCGCCUUCUAUCGCAGCAGCAGCAUCACAACCGUCUAAACCUGCACCGCUCGCCCCGGCCGAUCCAUCGCAACCGCGGCCCAUACUCACUGGCGAGGUGUACGUCGCGGGCCAUGAGAGGCCUCACCCUGAACUGUGUCCGGCAUUGGGCGCCAAAUUGCGGCUCGUAAUUCUGAUCACAUCAGCGCCCUCACACCGCGCUGCACGCGACGCUAUCCGUCUCACAUGGGGACACUAUGCGGCGCGAUCGGACGUUGCGCUCGCUUUCGUGCUUGGUGCGCCUCCUGCCGCUCUCCGCCCGGCCGUCGAGGCAGAAGAUGCGCUCUACAACGAUAUGAUCGUUGGUCGCUCGAUCGACUCUUAUUCGAACAUGACGCUCAAAACGUUGUCGAUGCUCGAGUGGAUCGACACGUAUUGUCCGCGCGCGCCGCGCCUCCUCAAGACAGACGACGAUAUGUUCAUAAACGUCCCGAGGCUCCUCGACUUCGCAACGACGCACGGCCGAACUAACGCUAGUCUCACGAUCUGGGGCAAAGUCAUCAAGAAGUCGCUGCCGAAACGUACUACACGAUCGAAGUAUUACGUGUCGCCGGUACAGUUUCCCGGGCGCGUUUUUCCGGACUUCGCGACUGGUCCCGCGUAUCUAAUGACGGCAGACGCAGUUCGGCCACUGCUGGCGGCGGCACCGCGCGAACGGUAUCUCCGGUUAGAGGACGUAUUCGUGACGGGCGUUCUCGCAUCUAAACUAGGCAUCGCUCGUCGUCACGUGACCGAGUUCUACAACAAGAAGCUUGCGUUACAUCCCUGUGCGGUGCAGAGAGCUAUCUCGAUACACAUGGUGCGCUACCACGAGCAGUUCGACCUCUGGCGCAAGCUGCUUGAUGGCAAAACCAAAUGCACCUGAAUCGGCCGACGAACGCGCUGUAUUUCUGUAUAUAUGACGGCCGCCGCGUGCCAUACCUUGGAGGAAUUUUAUUUUUAAUACGAUCGUUUUACAUUGGAUGCGAAGCAUCGACGGUUUUGAAACUCGUCCCUUAUAUUUUGUGUAAAGGUUUUACUUUUGUAACCUAUUUUAUUUUUGUUAUUUUUUUAUAUAACAAGAAGUGUAUAUUUAUAUCUGAUGUUGAUCACAAAGAAGAACAAAAAUCUGAUUUAAUACCCAAUCAAUCUCACGUUAGAAUCUACGAAAUUAAAACUUUGAUAUUAUAAGUAUAGUGACUGUGAAUUAAGAAUUAUGUUUGAAUACUCAAAAACCGUGACAUGAUUUAUUUUUAUAUUUAACGUUUAAUUAUUAUUAAUUCGAUUCGAGUUAUUAUAUCGAAUUAUUUGUAAAUCUUAUAGUCCAAUUAAUGAUAAAUACAUUGGUAUUGGUUAACGGCAGCUUCGUGCUAAAGUACAAAACGCCGCAUCUCGCCCGCUGCGCGAUAUAUCCUAAAGGGAAAUAAAUAUUCCUGGAUUAAAAUCGAGGAAUGUUUAAGACUUUG